AUGGAGAAAGGAAAACAUCGUGCUUCCAAACUGGACGCUGCCUCGGCAGACUCGGCCGGAGGAGGCCCCUCAGCAGACUCCUCACAGUCCAACUCUAUCUCCGCCGCCUCAGCCGUCUCCGCCGCAUCAGCUAUCUCCGCUGCCUCGGCUGUCUCUGCCGCGUCAGCAGACUUCGGCGGAGGAGGCCCCUCAGUAGAAUCCUCCUCCGCCUCGGUUUCCUCCGCCGCGUCAGCUGACUCCGCCGCCUCAGCAACGGGUUUUGUCUCCCCGAUCCCCAAUCCCCGAAGCUCGGAUCCAGCAGCAGCAUCAGCGAUAGCGGCCGCGAGAGAUCCUCUCCAAGGUCAAGCACGUCCAGGCCAAGCCUGCUGGCCGCCCUCGCGGGUGACUGCCUCCGCGGUGACGACGGCGGCCUCGUCGUCCCCGGAGGCCGCGGCGCCCCUCAAGGCCGACCUCCGCCACGUGAGUGAUCCGUCGAUCUCGUCUCUCCAACAGUGUUCCGGAUGCACGCACGAGUUCGACCUGGACAAGCCGCCGGUGCUGCAGGAGGUGGCGGAUUUCUUCAGUGGCCACGGAAUCGAGGACUUCACCUUCAGCAGGGGUAGGCUGUCAGAAUGGCGUUGCCGGGCAAAGCUAGCGGUACGUGGAACACCAGAGAAACCACUGAUUGGCCUGUAUCAGGAAGGGACACAUACUGUUCAAGAUAUUCCCGAUUGCAGAGGUAGGACAGGAGGAACAGCGACAAGUGACGGGAUGAAGCCCGGCCAUGGAAACCCACCGCAGCCUUCAAGACCUCGACGGCGGUCGGUGCUAUGGACGACCACCGGGACCUCCACGGCGAUGAUGAAGCCUGCACAUGGUCGAGCUCGAUGGAACAACAGUGCCUCAGUGUGGUGCAGCCGAGUUGGGCCACUCCAGUGCAUCAGGAACUCUGCAUGCUGCUGUCCUUUGUCUCAUCAUCUUAACUACUACAGUAGCAGGAGUAUUUUAUAUGCUGUUCAUUUCUUGGCCACCCAGCAUGUUUGCUAAUCAUCCAUCUGCCUCAUGUUAUAUGAUCCCUACCUAGUAACUUCAUUAUAUGCAGACUUGUGGUGUUGGUUCAGUUUAGUCAAAUUAAUAUAUAUACUGCUAUGCUACUACUA